UUCUCCUGUAAUGGAAAAUUGCUCUGUACAAAGCUAGAGUGUUACAGUUCUUUCCAGCGCCCCCCCCCCGCCCUGUCCCCCCACCAGCAGCCUUCGGAUCAGAGGGACAGCGCCCGCCAGCAGGAAAGUGGAAGGAGGGCAGUUGUGGCUUCUUACUAUGUCCCUUGCGUCAGGCCCUGGCCCUGGGUGGUUACUCUUUUCCUUUGGAAUGGGGCUGGUAUCAGGGUCAUGUCCAAAUAAUUGUCUGUGUCAAGCCCAAGAAGUGACCUGCACAGGGAGGCAGUUGACCGAAUUCCCCCCUGACGUCCCCCUGGACACCCGGAGGCUCUUCCUGAACGAUAACAGAAUCACUAGUUUGCCAGCAAUGCACCUAGGACUCCUCAGUGACCUUGUUUACUUGGACUGUCAGAACAACCGGAUUCGAGAGGUGAUGGAUUACACCUUCGUCGGGGUCUUCAGACUCAUCUACCUUGACCUCAGCUCCAACAACCUCACCUCCAUCUCCCCCUUCAGUUUCUCAGUGCUCACCAACCUGGUGCAGCUGAACAUGGCCAACAACCCUCACCUGUUAUCUCUUCACAAGCACACCUUUGCCAACACCACCUCCCUGAGACACCUGGACCUCAGGAACAACGGCUUGCAGACCCUGGACCACAGUGCCUUCAAUCACCUCAUGGCACUUGAGAGACUGUAUCUGAGCGGAAACCCCUGGAGAUGCAACUGCUCUUUCCUGGACUUCGCCAUCUACUUGAUAGUGUCCCACAUGGACCCCUCAGAUGAUCUAAGUGCCACGUGCGUGGAGCCCAUAGAGCUGAAGGGGUGGCCCAUCACGCGGGUGGGGAACCCCCUGCGGUACAUGUGCAUCACGCACCUGAACAGCCAAGACUAUGUCUUCCUGCUGCUCAUCGGCUUCUGCAUCUUUGCUGCGGGCACGGUGGCCGCCUGGAUCACCGGCAUGUGUGCUGUGCUCUACCAGAACACCCGCCGCAAGUCCAGCCAAGACGACGCCGACGACGAGGCCGGGCAGAGGGUGGAAGUCAGCAAGGGGAUUUUUCAAACCAGGGUUAACUCAAAUCAGGAGUUCCCUCAGCUUAUUUAGUUGCCCCAGACUCCUGGCUUUCUCUCUUCUUCAACCCAUCCCACCCCACCACCUCAGAGCUAUCUUAAAGAUUGAAGCCUGCUAGUAAAAUAAAUAAAAAGUUUGGUGGCCAUUUCACAGGUCAGUCCUUCCCUAAUUCACCAGCCCAGGGACAAUUCCUUGACCUCCACUGAAUGAAGCAGAGCAAAAUCUAGAAAAGCUGUUGGAUGGUGGUGGUGCCGGUAGCUCAGCGGGUAGGGUGCUAGCCACAUACACAGAGGCUGGCAGGUUCAAACCUGGCCUGGGCCAACUAAACAACAAUGACAACUGCAACCAAAAAUAGCCGGGCAUUGUGGUGGGGUCCUAUAGUCCUAGCUAGUUCGGAGGCUGAGGCAAGAGAAUCGCUUUAGCCCAAGAGUUGGAGGUUGCUGUGAGCUGUGACACCACAGCACUCUACCGAGGGCGACAAAAUAAAACUCUGUCUCAAAAAAAAAAAAAAAAAAAACGCUGUUGGAUGCAUCUGAAAUGCCCAGGGAGGCCACUCCAAAAGCAAGCCAACUGCCGCGGGUGCGGUGGCUCACACCUGUAAUCCCAGCACUAUGGGAGACUGAGGAGGGAGAAUUGCUUGAGCUCAGGAGUUCAAGACUUGCCUGAGUAAGUGUGAGACCCUGACCCCUAAAAAGAUGGAAAAACCCAGCCAGGCACCAUGGCGAGUGCCUGUAAUCCCAGCGGCUUUGGGAGGCUGUGGCAGAGAGAUGCCCACAACCCGAGUCUGAGGUUGCAAUGAGCUAUGACACCAUUGCACUCUGUUCAGGGGCAUAGGGUGGGACUCUGUCUCAACAACAACAACAACAAAAAGCAAAGAUAUAAAAAUAAAAAAUAAGCAAGGAAAUAAAAAUUUUUUAAAAAGCAAGCCAACUGGUGCUUAGUAAGUACUGACUGUGUCCCCAAAGUCAGUGCUUGGAGGGAAGGAUACAAGAAAUAUAACAUUUUAAGAUCUUCCUUAAGAAGCAAACAAUUUGGGGGGAAGUCCAAAGAAAUAUGAAUAAUCUUCACAAUCCUAUAAUACUGUUAUUACCUGAGUGAAAAUUUGAGGCCUGGGCAGCUUAAACUGACCAAGGUUACCCAUCCGGUAAGUAGCACAGUCUCCCAAAGCCCAGGCUCUUUCUUCUUUGUAAAGCUGCCUCCCUAGGAAAUAUUUAGCAACAUAAGCAAAGAUGUACCUCAUAAGCCUUGUAUAAAAUAAGGAAGCGAGGCACAUGGAGGUGGCUGCCACUUAUGAGUCUUUACCGGGGACUCAGAUUGACCUGGCUUAAUACACAUUUCCUCAGGAGGUUAACUCUGACAAGAACCAGGUCAGGUGGUCAUUGUUCCUCUCCUUUUCCCAAGGCUGGGAGGGGCAACCAACUCAAGCUCACAUAAUUAGUAAGAACAGAAUAAGUGCGGAACACCGGGCUGCCUUGUUCCAAAGCUCAGGUUCCAGGCACCAUGAGCUGAUGAUUUUAUGAAGCGCUAAGCAGAAUGGCUAAAUGUCACAUGUGUGUCCGAGCUCUUGGGGCUGAUCUGAGGGAGGAAGGGAAGCAGAAAGGGGAGAUUCAACCCAGGCCCCAAAACCUGUUCCAGAUUUUUCUUUUCUCACUACCCAGAUCAAAUGUUCAUGUUGAAGUCUCAGAUCAAACCCCCCACCGUGAAGCUGGCUAUCCCUAAACACAAUUUACUCUGCACCUCCACUGUAAAUUGCACGUGACUCUAAUCACCACUUGCUCCCCAGUUUGUCUACUGCAAUGGUUAAGGGCAUGGGUCCUGAAUCAGCAGCUGGGUCCUACCUCAGCUCUGCACUCAGCACUGUGUGAAUGUGGGUUCCUACUUGUAAUGACCUUAAGGGCAAAGAUCACCUACCUUCCACAAUCUCUAUUGACAUAGCAAAUAGGGUGGUGCCUUACCUGAAAUAAAUGUUUGUGAUUGCAUUCUACUUAAAUCCCAGCCCACCACACAUUCCCAUUGUGUUUAUGAACUGAGGGUGUCCAUGGGAAGUGAUUUAACUUCUGUGUAUCUCAGUUCUGCAUUUGUAAAUGGCAUAAUUACAGUACUUACACAGAGACAUUGUAAGAAUGAAAUGAGUAUCAAUUAUAAUAAGAAUCUAUUUUAAUAAACUUUUUGUUAUGGAAUAAUUUUAAACUAAUAGAAAAGUUACCAAGACAGCACAGAGCUUCCAUAUACCUUUCACCCAGUUUCCCCUAACGUUAUCUUACAUUACACUGGUACAUUUAGCAAAGCUAUGGAACUAAUGUUGGAAUACUUUCACUAAACCCUUUAGGGGUGUCCAACCCAUGGCCUGCAUGCAGCCCAGGGUGGCUAUGAACACAGUCCACCCAACACAAAAUCAUAAACUUACUCAAAACAUUAUGAUAGUUUUUUGUGAUUUCCUGGUGGAACUCAAUGGCACAGUUCUCAAGUAUGAGCUUUGUACCUGACAAUGUAAUGUCACAAUGUCACA